AUGCAUAUAGGUACUAAUCCGGAGCUUCUGAUUCUUCUGUACCUAGCAAUGGAUGCCGAAGAAAUAUCAAGUAAGAGUGAAGAAGAUAAAAGCACAAGGAAAGGUCCAUGGUCUGGCGAUGAAGACUUCAAACUCAAAAACUAUAUUGCCGUCCACGGAGGAGGAGGAUGGGAAGCCCUCGCUCUUAAGUCAGGGUUGAGGCGUACAGGUAAGAGCUGCAGAUUAAGAUGGUUGAACUACUUGAAUCCAGAUGUUCGACGAGGAAAUAUCACUCCUGAAGAACAACUUAGUAUUAUAGAGCUACACUUGCAAUAUGGAAAUCGGUGGUCAGAGAUUGCAAAACGGUUACGAGGACGAACUGAUAAUGAAGUAAAGAACUACUGGAGAGUCACGAUUAAAAAGCAAGCAAAGGAGCUAGAUUGUGACGUGAAUAGCGUACAAUUUCGAGACAUAAUGCACUGUAUAUGGCUUCGAGGCAUAAUGGAGGAACAAAUUCAUCCCACUUCCCAAGUUAAUUCAGAAUCCCAGUCGAGAAGCAUUGUCACUGCGGUUUCUACUGAUUUUGAUCACAUCAAUACCCAGAAACUAAUGACAGAUUCUGAACAUCAACCUGGUUUCGGGCUGGUGGAAAUGAAUAGCAAAGCCAACAUGUGGGCGUUUUCUUCCGAGCCUAUAGUCAAUGUCUUCCCAGUGAGUAGCCCUUUCAGCUAUUGUUUUGAAGAAAUUGAUGAUAUUCAGGCUUCCAUACACGGCGGAGACUAUUGGUUAGGUUCUGAGGAUUCACUUACAAUAUCGUCAAAUGAUGAAGACUUGUGGGUUUCUACACCAAUGGGUUUCAAUCAGUUUUGA